GGAUUCCUAAGACUGCAACUGGGAGCUGUGGCUUGUAAGACUCCUCCAGGGCAAAAUGUGUGCCUUGCGCCGUGCUUUGCUACCUCUUGUCUGGGACCAGGCCACUUUUCCCGUUUGCAGUGAGGUAGCAAGUCGUGCUUUUUGAUUGAUGUAGCACCCCUUGCCAACGGGGACUUUUCUCAGAGAAUAUCAGUGCCCUGUUAAAGCUGCCUUUCCAAAGAAGGGGACUUGGUAGUGGCAAGGAGAGCGGCCAGGGAGCUUGCAGCCGAAGCGGGUAGGCAUGCUGUUGGGUGCUUCUUAAAGGCGAGGAAGGAGGAGCAGGGUGGAUGGGUGUCGAGGGAGCCACUUUCCUCUAGAAAGGAAGAGCAGCCCCCCUGGCUGUGGAAGGUGCCGUCACAGGAGCCCCGAAUUGCUGAGCCACGGUCCGGUGGGGAAUUUAAGCCGAGUUCCUGUCACCUGAAGGCACUGAAGGAGAUGGUGGUGGAGCAUUUAAAGCCGGAUCUUUCCCACACAGUCAUGUUUUGAGUCCCGGGGGGAGCAGACCGGGUCUUUAUCUUCUCGCUUUCCAUUUCUCCCAUGGCCUGCAGCCUCCCUCUGAGAAGCAAUUGUGUUUGCUGAACUGCACACCAGGCAGUCUGCCUUGUGAUUUCCUUCUUUCCCAUGCUCUGGUUUGUCUCCCUUCUGUUUCCAGAGCAUCUUUGAGCAGUAGCUGCUGCCAAAUGUUGGAGCUGGUUGCAGUGGCUGUGUUAUCUCAUCCUUCCGGCUGUGCGUUGUGCAGCUUGGAAUGGGGAACUGGAAGCCGUGAGGUGGCCGGCAGGGUGGGAUGAGCAGAGGCAGGGAACCCUGCAGCCAGCAACCCCUUCUGAGGCUGGGCAUUCCCGAUGGACCGAUGGACAUCUCCAGCCUUGUGAGUCCAGAAAGCAGCUCCGCCCGUCUGGCCCCACCUACCUGGAGGGGCUCUGGGGAUGCUUUCUGGAGAGACCACCGAUGGCAGCCUCUACCUUACUAAGUUCUUGCUUGUGUAUCCUGCUCUUUUUCCCUAGAGAGCUGAGAAAGUCCACAACAAUCCUGGCAGGUGGUGUUUGGGAGGAAGCUGACGUCCUUUUCGACUAUAGUGCUCAGCCAGUUACAAUACGAUAAGAAAUAUGAGAUCUAUUUUACUGAUGGAAAAGUUUAUGCUCUCUAUAGGAAGCUCUUGCAGCACGAAUGCCCGCUGUGCCCGGAGGCCAAGCCAUUUGCCACCAUUGUGGACUUGGAGCAGCACAUGAGGAAGCAGCACGAGCUCUUCUGCUGCAAGCUGUGCAUGAAGCACCUGAAGAUCUUUACGUACGAGCGCAAGUGGUACUCGCGCAAGGACCUCGCCCGGCAUAGAAUCCAUGGGGACCCGGACGACACCUCCCAUCGCGGCCAUCCUCUGUGUAAAUUUUGUGACGAGCGCUAUUUGGAUAACGACGAGUUGCUGAAGCAUCUGAGAAGAGACCACUAUUUCUGCCACUUCUGCGAUUCGGACGGGGCGCAAGAAUAUUACAGCGAUUACGAGUUCCUCCGGGAGCACUUCCGGGAGAAGCACUUCCUCUGCGAAGAAGGCCGGUGCAGCAUGGAGCAGUUCACGCACGCCUUCCGGACGGAGAUCGACUACAAAGCGCACAAGACGGCCUGUCACAGCAAGAACCGGGCGGAGGCCAGGCAGAACCGGCAGAUCGACCUCCAGUUCAACUAUGCACCCAGGCAUCAGCGGAGGAACGAGGGGGUCGUGGGUGGAGAAGACUACGAAGAGGUCGAUCGGUAUAACCGGCAGGCGCGAGGCGGCAGGUCAGGGCUGCGUGGAGGGCAGCAAAACCGGAGGGGCAGCUGGCGGUACAAGAGGGAAGAAGAAGACCGCGACGUGGCUGCAGCGGUCAGGGCCUCAGUAGCCGCCAGAAGGCAAGAGGAGAAGAGACGGGGGGAGGACAAGGAGGACAGCAGCCGGGCCAAAAAGGAGGACAAGAAGGAGCCGGACCCGAGCAGCUCCAAGCGGGGGCCGAAGCCUCCCGCCGACGGGCCAGCUCCCAAGGAAGCCGUUCCAAAGGCGACUCUGAGCCAAGAGGACUUCCCAGCCAUUGGCUCGCCGGCCGUGGCCUCCACCCUCAGCUCAGCCCAGCCGGCGCUGGUAAAACUGAAGGAGGAGGAUUUCCCCAGCCUCUCUUCCUCCGCUCCCACCCCGCUCUCUUCUGCCCUGUCCUUGACGUACACGGCGACGGCCAAGAAGACGGCCUUUCAGGAGGAGGACUUCCCCGCCUUGGUAUCCAAAGUCCGGCCGAGCACUAAGAUGGUGUCCACCCUAACCUCCGCCUGGAACAACAGCGCCAGUAAGAAUGCGGUCCGCGCCGCUGCCUCCAGCAGCUCCUCCCUGAGCCAGCCCGCCAAGAAGCCAGCCCCACCGGCCAGCAGCGGGAAAGGAGGCAAGAAGAGCAAGCCUGCCAUCGCUGCGGACGAGGAGGGCGGUGGCAGCGGCGGCAGCGUGACCACCCAGGAGACCCGCCGCGCUCCCACCAUGGUCGACGUCUCCUCCUUGCUGGCAGCCUCCGGCUCGCAGACUUUUGUGAAAGUGGGCAAAAAGAAGAAAGUGGGGUCCGAGAAGCAGAGGCCGGCAUCGCCGCCCCCCUUGCCGGAGGCCCGGCCAGGCCCUGCCCCUUGCGCGGAGAAGCCCCCGGAGGCGGAGCAGCCCUCCAGCAACCCCCCCGGCGCCUCGCUGCCCCCCCGAGCUGGGGUUGCAGUGGUGAACGGCCUCUCGGAGGAGCCGGCAGCCCCCUGCGCUGCGUCCAAAGAGCCGCCCGGCCUGCAGAAGCCCCCGGUGGCUAGCCAGCCCCUCUUGCCUCAGGAAGACUUUCCAGCCCUGGGAAGCGCUGGGCCUCCUCGGAUGCCUCCGCCCCCAGGCUUCAACUCAGUGGUGCUGCUGAAUAGCCCCGGACCACCUCUGGGGCUGCCGGUGCCUCUCAGCAAGCCGCCUCCCGGCUUCGCUUCUAUCCCGCCCACCACGGUCUCGGAGCUUGCCCCCCCCACGCCUCUGGUGAAAGAGACAAAACCAUGUCACGGCACCUACUUAAUACUGGAAAACUUCCAGCAGCGAAACAUCCAGCUCAUCCAGUCCAUCAAGGAGUUUCUUCAAAACGACGAGUCCCAGUUCAACAAGUUCAAGACGUACUCGGGACAGUUCAGGCAGGGACUGAUUUCGGCAGCUCAGUAUUACAGAAGCUGCCAGGAGCUGCUGGGCGAGAACUUCCCGAAGAUCUUCCACGAGCUCCUGGUGCUGUUGCCGGACACAGCGAAGCAGCAGGAACUGCUGGCCGCCCACAACGAUUCCAAGGCCCGGGAGCCGCCCGGCGGCUGCCUCUCCUCCACCUCCUGCUCUGCGGGCAAGUCGAGGAAGAGCCGGAAGGGUGCCUGGCAGGCGGAGCUGGGCCCCGAGCUGGGCUGCUGCUGCGUGUGCCCCAACUGCCAGCAGGUGCUGAUGCCGCAGGACCUGGCCGCCCACAAAGCCCUGCACCUGGAGGACGACGAGUUCCCCUCCCUGCAGGCCAUCAGCCGCGUCAUCGGCUAGCCCUUCCCGCUUCCCACCAAUAAAGCCCGUCUCCCUCUCGGCAUUUGCGCUUCUUGCAAGGCAGGCAGGGGCUCCGCGGAGGAGGAGGAGGAGAGCGGCAGCCGGCAGCCGAGAGGAGAAGCCCCUCGAGUCGGGAUGGGCCUUCUGAGAUGCAAGCAGGCUGUGGAAUUGCAGGUGGGGGGGGAGGGGGUGCAGCGAAGUUUACUGCCACCAUUGACUAGUUUCCGACCUUGGCACAAGACGGGGGGGCAGUGGGGUGGGUCUUUCCCGUGGGGAGGCUGCCAUCUGGCCUGCAGAGGAACCAGUGGGAGCGGCUCCCAAAGCGGGGCCCAGUCAGAGGUGGGUGUGUUGGCCUGCCAGGACUGAAGGGCAGUGGGAGUGACAGGGGUGUGUGUGUCUGUGCUCAGGUGGGGGGGCCCUGGCCCUCCUUCCUCCUCCCCCCCACCCUCCAGUCCCAACCCAGCUCUUCAUCAGCGUCUUUCUUGCAUGGACAGGGUGACGGGGACUUCCCACGAGGAGACCUGCCCCUGGAAUCCACAGUUGCUCUCAGCCCUGCUGCUGCUCAAAAGGCAUCUGUGAGAGCCUCCUGGGGAGAAAAGAGCAUCCAGGGCUGCUUCUCCUUGGUGUAAAUCUGCAUUUCUCACGCAGUGUCCAGUGAUUUCCCGUCUCUGGAAGGGCUGCUCCCCCCCACAAAGCGCCCUGCAGAGAGGAAGCUGGUCUGGGGCCUCAGCAGCAAGGGAGGAGCCUCUCGCCUGCAAGAGCAGCGCACGGACUGCGAGCAGGUGGGGUGGGGGCAACUGGAUAUUCUUCCCCUCGAGUAGAGCCCCCCCCCCCCCCGAGAACCUGCUUCUGGUGUGGAGCAGGGCUUAGGCGCUGCUCCCCCUCUGUGUUUUCAUUCAGACCAACCCAACCCAAACAAAGCCUGGAUUUCGACUGAAAGCACUUAAAAUGUGUGGGGCAGUCUCGCUGCCCGCACAGAGUCCCUGCCCCCUCGGCUCCCACACCCAGUCUUUUCUCCUGCCCGGAGCAGGCCUGCAUUCAUUAAGGCAAGGGCUCUCAAACUGGGUCCCCCAGCUGUUGCUGGACUACAACUCCCAAAGGCCAUGGUGGCUGGGGAUGAUGGGAGUUGUAGUGCGGCAGCAGCAGCUGGGGACCCCAGUUUAAGAGCCCUUUUCUUAAAUCCCAAGUGGGGAGGCCCUUGGGAGUGGGCGGAGCUGGGGCCACCCUUCCAGAUUUGGCGGGGGGGGGGGUUCCUGCUGCUGUCUCACUGCCAGGCAUACAGGAGAGUACAUCAGACAGCUGCUCUUUGUGGGUAGUUGUGACCCCCUCAUCGACAGUUUCUGGUCUUCAUGGAGGCAGUUUAACACACAGUUGGCUCACUCUUGCAAAUAAAACACUAGCCCACUUCUGAUUUGGCUAGUCUGCCCACCCAUUUGUCUCUUAGCCAUUUGGAGCAUCAGCACACCAACUUCUGCAAUGUUCCCCUGCCUGGUUUUGCUUCUUGACUGUUACAAAGUGGACCAGCUGCUUAUAAGCCCCCAAUUUAACUGUUGGGGAAAAACAUUCGCUGUUCAUGUUCUCUCUGAUGUCCUGACCCUCUUCUGCCCCACCUUUGAUUCAAGAGAAAAUUAGCAAAGUUUGCAAGCUAAUCACUUUAAAAUCUUUAUUGGAAAAUAAAGUUGCAGUUGGUAUACAGACAGUUAAGUAACACACUCACAGAAUGGUGGUUUGUCUUUCCAAAAGGUAUAUCUGUCUAUAUAACUAUUAUAUACAUAGAAAAGAACUGUAAACAUCUUAAAAACUUAUUUGCACACUGUUCACUUUUCUACCACGAUGCACAUUGGGUUAUCAGCAACUGCAACUUCUUUUUUUGAAGCAGUCUGCUUUUGAAGAGAGGUAUCUGCAUGUUUGGUAUCUUAUUAAAAACUUUGAAAAGAA